ACCAAGACUAAACCAGUACAGAUGAUGUUUCUGAGAGAGAAAUUUUUGAUACUCCAUGAAACAACCAUGAAAUUCAAAAUCGUUGAGCUGCCAUACGUGGAAAAUGAACUCAGCAUGUUCAUUCUUCUGCCAGAUGACAUCAAUGAUAACACUACUGGUCUGGAGCUGGUGGAAAGAGAGUUGAGCUACGAGAAACUGGCUGAAUGGACCAAAUCAGCCAGCAUGAUGAAAGCUGAAGUGGAUCUGUACAUGCCCAAGGUGAAGCUAGAAGAGAACUAUGACCUUAAAUCCACUUUGAGCAGCAUGGGGAUACAAAAUGCUUUCGACCCUGUUAAGGCUGACUUCACAGGGAUGUCAGCCAAGAAGGAUCUUUUCAUCUCAAAAAUAAUUCACAAAGCUUUCAUGGAGGUCAAUGAAGAAGGUACUGAGGCAGCAGCUGCUACAGGUGUCCUGGUGCUGAGAUCAAAAGCACCAACAAUGACUUUCAAAGCUGACCACCCUUUCCUCUUCUUCAUCAAACACAACAAAUCCCAAAGCAUCCUCUUCUUUGGCAGACUCUGCUCACCCUAA